AUGAAGCUCAAGCUCGGCGUCCUCACGUCCAUCUUCUCCUUGGCGCUGGUUGUCUCGGCGGAAGCGAAGAAGCAUCACCACCAUCGUGGCCUUCAUAAGGAGCACGAACAGGAGCAUGAGCACGAGAACAAGUACAAUGCACCGAAAGCUCUCGAGCUCCGCAGCGACGAGUCUUACCACCUCAUGGGCCUUCCCUGGGGUUGUGAUCCCAACUGCUUCAAGGGUCUAAAGUCUACCCGACACACGGACAUCACGUUUUACCACCACUGGCAGGACGGGUGCGUGCCGGAGCUGGACAAGCUUGGGUUUGAGUAUGUGCCCACGUUCUGGGGUCCGACCAAAUGGAGUGAAUGGGAGAAAGUGAAAGCAGAGCUGCGCCACCGCCCGCAGCCCAAGUACAUGCUCGCAUGCAACGAGCCCGACGUACAAGGGCAGGCGGAUCUGGGCCCGCAGGCAGCGGCAAGGCUGUGGAUGCAGGAGCUCAAGCCGUUUGCGGACAAGGGCGUGCAAGUGGGCUCCCCGCAGGUCUGCUGGAACAUGCAAUGGCUCGAACAGUUCAUGAGCGAGUGCCACAAACUCGGGUGCAACAUCAGCUUCAUUGCCCUGCACUGGUACGGCUCCUGGCACGACUUUGACAAGUUCACCCACUGGAUCAGCAGCGUGCACGACGCAUUCCACCUGCCCAUCUGGAUCACCGAGUACGGCAUCACCCAGGCCAGCGGCGGGUCGCAGCACGACAUCAAAGACUUCCACGUGCGCGCCGUGCAGUGGAUGCGCCAGCAGGGCUACGUCAAACGCUCCGCCUGGCUCGGUGGCUUCCCCGUGAACCAGAAACCCGAUCCGUACCCGUCCAGCCUGAACAGCUACUUCAACGACGACGGCAGUGCCCGCGACCUGUUGUGGUGGGCCUCGCACUCGGGGGGUGGCAACUCGUGGCUCAAUCUCCCCGGAAUUUCCAAACGCAAGGUGGCGGAGGAGGCGCUGAACGAAAAGGCAUACAAGGACGACGACGUCAAACACCACCACCAGCAGUACGACGAAGACCACUGCGAUUACAAGUGUCAGCUGCGCGAAGCGUCGUUGGAGAAGCACCACAGGAAGAGGAAGGGUUUUGUUUACGUGGACGAGAAACAGGUGUGUGUGGCCACGCCGUCCAAGCUAGAUAAGGAGGAGCGUAGGAAGCUGUCUACAUGCUUCAAGCAGGCCGGGUUUUUGGGCAGGCGUCAGUCGGUAGAGGUGAGCGAGGGCCACCACGAGCACACGAAAGUCGGGACGCUGAAGCACGACAACACGUCUGCAUGA